AUGCCGAAGAGUUCCUUCUUCUGCUCACCGAAGAGGCUGUCUCACAGGGCUUUGGAGCUUGAGGUCAUGCCAUGUGUCCUGCAAAGAGGAGAUGGAGAGCGGAGGUGUGCCUCUUAUAAAAGGAUAGAGAAUGGGGACUGCGCACUGCACCUAUACAUUGCAACACUAAAGCUAGCUUUGAGAAGAGAAAAAAGCCAAGAGAAGAAGAAGAAGAUGGACAGUGGCGGUUCAUCCGGUGGAAACAACCAAGGCAAGAAAAAGGGCAAGAAACGUGUGCUGACCGCUGAAGAGCUGGAAAACCGGCGGCUUGAGAACGUGCAACCUACCUCUUGGGACGACGAAUGGAUUGUAACACUGAACAUCACAGAUAAUGUGGUGGAGGAUGAAGACACUAGCAGCAUCGUGAGCAGUUUCUCGACAGACAGCCCCUUCUCGAUAGACGCCGAGGAGGAGACUGACAAGGAGGAGGCUGACAAUGAGGAGGAGGAGGAGGCUGACAAGGAGGAGGAGGAAGAAGAGGAGGAGGAGGAGGAGGAAAAGGCUGACGGAGACGGUGACAAGAAAAAGGAGGAGAAGGAUCAGACUGACGACGAUGAUGGCGACCAGACUGACGAUGGCAAUGGCGAGGACCUCAGCUAA